CGCAGAAAGCGUGCAUUGGGCUAAUGGCAGGAAGUAACUGCACCCGGGUGACCGCGUUCAGGCUAACAGGGCUCACCGACGACCCCAGGGCUCAGGCUACCCUCUUCCUGCUGUUUCUGCUCAUCUAUAUUGUCACCAUCCUGGCGAACCUGGGGAUGCUCAUGUUAAUCCUGGCCAGCCCGCGGCUCCACAUCCCCAUGUAUUAUUUCCUGGGCAAUCUGGCUUUUGUAGACCUCUGUUCUUCCACCGCUAUCGCCCCCAAGAUGCUGGCUGACUUUCUGUCGGAGAAGAAGUGCAUUACUUACGCUGGCUCCAGCGUCAUCGAGCACUUCUUCUGUGACAUUUCCCCUCUGAUAUCGCUCUCUACCUCUGACACCACCCUCAACCAAAUUAUGCUAAGGACUUUAGCAUCUCUAUUCGGCGUCUCCAGUGGCCUCGUUGUCCUGCUCUCCUACAUUGCCAUCAUCUCCACCAUCCUGAGCAUCUGCUCAGCCGAGGGCAAGUGCAAAGCUUUCUCCACUUGCGCCUCCCACCUGACUGUUGUGAGCAUCUUCUACGGGACAUCAAUCUUUAUGUACCUAAAGGCCAGCUCAAGGGAUGAUAAGCAUGCAGCAGUGCUCUACACUGUGGUGACCCCCAUGCUGAACCCCUUGACCUACAGCCUGAGGAACCAGGAGGUGAAGGAGGCUUUGAGGAGACUCACAAAAAUGAAAAGAUAUUGUGUGUUGUGCAUGUAUGGCUAA